AUUGCAUAAAGGUAAGAGAUCUUUGGUUGACAGGUGUGAGGAUCCUGUGUUCUACAUCCCUCAGUAGGUAAAUGUCAGUACUUGGGAAGAGAGAACCAAAAUGUAUCCUGAAGCAGAUGCCAAGACCACUGUGGGGGAUAGUUCUCAUGACAACAGUUCAGUUGGAACUCAAGCGAAGCCUCCCAGAAAAGGACUUUGGUCAGUCCGGCAUGGGCUGGCUUUCAUGCUGCAUAUGUGUAAUUUUUCAAUGUACACCCAACAAUUGCACCUGAACAUUGCCAUCACAGCCAUGGUGAACCAGACAGCCCUGCAGAGCCAGCCCAAUGCCUCUGUGGAUGCCCAGGACAACUGGAAUGCAACUCAGGAAGAAGUCCAGGCAAGAGCGUCUACAUACAACUGGAAUCCUGAACUCAGGGGCAUCAUCCUCAGCUCUCACAACUAUGGCUCAAUCUUCGCUCCACUUCCUGUCGGCUUUGUGGCUGGAGUAUUUGGAGCCAAGUACGUGGUUGGUGCUGGGUUGUUUCUUACCUCAUUCCUGAGCUUCUUCAUUCCACUGUCAGCUGAUGCUGGAGUGGCCGCACUCAUUGUUGUACGUGUUAUUCAAGGCUUAUCUCAGGAUAUGGUUUUGACAGGUCAGUAUUCCAUUUGGGUCCGAUGGGCUCCCCCACUGGAAAGGAGUCAACUCGUCAGCAUUGCUACUUCAGGGGCAAUGCUGGGAUCCUUUCUUGUAUACCUUGUGGGUGGUUUCAUCUGCCAGAGCAUAGGAUGGCCUUAUGUCUUCUAUAUCUUUGGUGGAAUUGGGUGUGUCUGUUGUCUUCUCUGGUUUCCUCUUGCUUAUAAUGACCCAAAGGAUCACCCCUUUAUCAGUGCUGAUGAGAAGAGAUACAUCACAUGUUCACUGGCUCAACAGGAUAACUUGCCAGGCUGGUCUCUUCCCAUUAAAUCUAUGAUCAAAUCUAAGCCACUCUGGGCCAUCUUAAUAUCUUACAUUUGUCAGUAUUAUACCAGUAAAACGAUAUUGUCAUACACACCAACAUACAUCAACUCUGUGCUUCAAUUCAGUGUCAGAGAUAGUGGGAUCCUGUCGUCACUGCCAUUUAUUGCUACCUGGAUUACUAUGAUGCUUGGAGGCCUCUUGGCUGAUUUUCUUCUCUCCAGAAAAAUUUUCAGACUUGUCACCAUAAGGAAAAUCUUUACUGCUACAGGGGUUCUUGGCUCAUCUGCACUCUUCAUUCCUCUGCACUGGGUCAGAUUCAGCCGGAGUACCACUAUAGUCUUCUUGGUGUUAGCUACUGCCUUCACUGGCUUCAAUCAAUCAGGAGCCCUUGUGAACUUCAUAGAUGUUGCUCCUCGGUACACCAGCUUUCUCAAGGGAUUCUUUCAAAUGUUUGUGUUCAUAGAUGGAGCCAUUGCUCCCACCAUUGGUGGAAUUUUAAUCAAUCAGGAUUCAGUAUUAGGUUGGAGAAACAUGUUCCUCAUUGUAUCUUGCAUUAACAUCAUUGGCUUGAUCUUCUACCUCAUCCUUGGCCAAGCACAUGAGCAGGAUUGGGCUAAAGAAGAGACAGUCACUCACUUGUGAGAAAACCAGGUGUGCAAGAUGAUCACGGCACUUUGUUCUUCCUGCACAUACUUCCCUUGUGUGUCUGCUCCACUGAUUCACCUAACUGGAACUGAAAUAAUUUCUACUGGUUUCUAAGAGACCUUGGUGAUGUCAUAUGGAAGAUUCAUGAUGUCCAGAGAUUUGUCCAGGAGGAGAAAUGGUUAUUUCAGUAAGCUUUUCUCUGAAUUUGUGUGAGGACUAAACAUUUUUACUGUGAUUUUGUUGGAAACCUCAGGAGCUGGAGGACAUUUUCUGAGCAAAGCAGAAGUGAAAGAUAAAAUCAUGAGAGUGAGGAAUGAAAAUCCCAAGGAAAGAGGGCCCAAAGCUCCAGAAGAUGAACCCUGAGAGUUGUGAUCAGAAGAAAAUCUAGAAUGUCAAGAAGCAUCAUGAUUUCAAGAGGCCAGAGAAGGAGAAGUUAUGUUCUGUUGAGUGAGAUGUGAU